AAUUAAUAUAAAGUAUUAGGUUUAACUGACAAUUGCACUUGGCAAGCAGAGACUUGCAGAGUGACUGAGGCAAGACACUAGCCAGCUUCCGCGUACUAGUUUCUCAGUUCCUUUUCACUCACUUUCUUCAUCUCUUUCUUUCUUGUUUCUGUUUCUGAUUAUGGUACCCGAAAGUUGAACACAGACAUUCGGGGACAAAAUCUAACAGCAAAAAUGGGGUUUCUGCUGUCCAAGUUAACCAGCUUUGCCACUGUGCUUGUAUUUUGGCUUUGUUGCUUCACCUUCACCUCAACAGAUGCAUAUGACCCUCUUGAUCCCAGUGGCAACAUUACGAUUAAGUGGGAUAUUAAAAGCUGGACCCCUGAUGGCUAUCUUGCCAUGGUUACCAUUUAUAAUUACCAGCAGUAUAGACACAUUCAAGCACCAGGCUGGUCACUAGGAUGGGCAUGGAAAAAUAAGGAGGUGAUUUGGGACAUGGUGGGAGGACAAGCUACCGAACAAGGGGACUGUUCACGAUUUAAGACAUUUCCCCCGCAUUGCUGUAAAAAGAAACCAACCAUUGUUGAUCUACUCCCUGGAACUCCGUACAAUAAGCAAGUCUCCAAUUGCUGCAAAGGUGGAGUGCUGAGUUCAUGGAUGCAGGAUCCAUUCAAUGCUGCAGCUUCUUUUCAACUUAGUGUUGGUCAAGCGGGAACCACUAAUAAAAAAGUUAAGCCUCCAGAAAACUUCACUCUGAUGGCACCUGGACCGGGCUACACUUGUGGCGCUUUAAAAGUUGUCAAACCAACUAAAUACUUUUCUCCAGAUAAAAGGCGAGUCACUCAAGCCAUGAUGACAUGGAAGUUGACAUGCACAUAUUCACAAUUUCUGGCUCAGAAAACUCCUGCUUGCUGUGUCUCACUGUCUUCGUUCUACAAUGACACAGUAGUUCCCUGCCCAACAUGUUCAUGCGGCUGUCAAAACAACCUAACUCAUCCAGGAAGCUGUGUAGAUCCAAAGUCUCCGUAUUUGGCUUCAGUUGUUUCAGCUGCUGACAAAAAUUCGCCUUUGGUUCGAUGUACUCACCAUAUGUGCCCGAUCAGAGUUCAUUGGCAUAUCAAGCUGAAUUACAGAGAAUACUGGCGAGUGAAGGUUACCAUUACAAACUUUGAUUACAGGAGAAAUUACUCGGACUGGAAUUUGGUUAUGCAGCAUCCAAAUUUUGACAAUCUGACCCAAGUUUUCAGCUUCAACUCAAAGUCCUUGACCCCUUACGGAACCUUCAAUGAUACUGCAAUGCUGUGGGGAAUCAAGUUCUACAACGAUAUGCUGAUGCAAUCCGGUCCUGUCGGUAAUGUGCAGUCAGAGCUGCUUUUCCACAAGAAUCCAGCAACUUUCACUUUCGAGAAGGGCUGGGCUUUCCCGAGAAGAAUCUCUUUUAACGGUGAUACUUGUGUAAUGCCACCUCCAGAUGCCUAUCCAUAUUUGCCAAAUGCUGGUUCUUGUCAGUAUAUCUCUCUGCUUACACUGAUCAUGGUGUGUGCAUUGACCUUUGCAUUUGCAUAUGCUUAUGCUUAAACUCGUCGCACGAAAUGCAUCAAAUCUAAGAUUAUGGAGUGGUGAAGUUGGAUGGAUCAAUUGUGCUGCUGAUGACGACUUCUAGGAUUGCAUGAGGUGGGUGCUUCUAUCUGUUAUGUAUGUUCCUGUAGGUUGAUUGUACAUUUCUAUUUUGUAAUCUGCUACAAUGGUUAACAAGGAGUUGAAUCAAAUUGGUAGUGA